AUGUCGACAGAGUGGCUGUGUUCACACGUUCGCGCGGCCAUGCGCAUGCACACGGCCACGCACGCCGCCCUGCUGCUGGUGGAAGACGCGCUCCGCGAGCGGGACAGGGCCUCCCUGGAGGCGGCCCUGGAGGCUGCCAGGGCAGCCGGCCUCGAGGAGUCCAAGAUAGCGCAGGUUGCCCAGGCCCUGCGGGAGGAGGUCCAGCGUCUGAAGACGCUCAGCGAGCAGGGGCGCGCGCGGGAGAUGCUGCGGGCGGCCUGCAAAAAAGGCGGCGUGACAGCGCUUGAGGAGGCGAUCGCGGCGGCCAAGCACGCCGGCCUCGUGCCGAGCGAGUACCAGACAGCGGAGAGGAUGCUCGAGGAGGAACGCGUGCGGGAGGCAGCCCGCGUCUUCCUCCGGAAGGCGAUGCAGCAGUACGAGGCCGCCAAGGACGCG